UUUUCACAGAAAGUGAAAGUGUUGGGGGGCACAGCCGGACACCCCCAUCCCCCACAGCCUCCCCACCCCUUCCUGCUGACCCCUCACCCCCUUUUCUUCAACCCUGGGGCUCCCCCAGCCCAUUCCCUGCUCAGGUGCCCCCCAGGAUCAUCAAGGCAGAACAGGGGGCUGUGAAUUUGAGGGGUUAAAGGAAGGAAAUGGAAAUGAAGAGAGGAGAAAGCCCCUGGGAGUCGGGGUGCACAGACACAGAGCACCCCGGAAUCUGCCUGGGGUUCCUCCCCCAAAGCAGCAGCACUUUGGGGGCUGUGCUGGGCCCGGGGUCACCCCAAAAUCUGAGGCUCCCAUGAAGGAGCUGUGACCCAGGGCCCACCCAGCCCUGGCACCCCCAUUCCCUGGGACUCCUAUCAAAGGACCCCCGUUCCUUCUGUCCCCUCUCUCGGGGACCCCAUCCCAGAACUGCCAUUCCCCAGGGUCUCCAUGGCUCAGGAUCCCCAUUCCCAAGGAACCCUCUCCCCAAAAUUCCACCCCCUACAAUCCCCUUUCCCCCAGGACCCUGAUUCUCCCAGGACCCCCCAUUUCCCUGGACCCCACCCCUGGCUCCCCACACCCUCUGAGCCCCCCACUCCUGGGAGCUCCAUGUCCCACCUUGUGCCACCCAGCCUUGUCCCCACCUUGUCCCCAGCCCGUCCCCGGCUUGUGGCCACCCUGCCCCCAUCCUGUCCACACCCUGCCCCCACCAAGAGCCAGCGACACAUGAGGACGAGACGUGACCUCGCUUCCUUCCCCUUUAUCCCAAGUGCCACCAGCCAGGGGACAGGUGGCUCCGGCAGCGAGUGACAGCGAGUGCCCAUGGCCGGGGACACCGGGAUGGCCGGGAAGGUGGCACUGCUGCUGUGGGCCCAGACCGUGUUCCUCGCUGGUGCCACCCAGCUCCUGGUGCAGCCCCCCUGGACUCCGGCGGUGCUGUGGGACCGGGUGACACUGACCUGCCAGGGCUCGGGGACCGACGGGGACACCCUCUGGUACAAGGAGGGGCGGCGCUGGGAGCCGGAGGGACGCGACAGCUUCACUGUCACCGAGAGUGGCACCUACCAGUGUCACAUACCCGGCAGUGGGUACAGCCCACCCGUGAGGGUGUCAAAUGACUCGCUGGUGCUGCAGGUGCCGGCGGGGGCGCUGCUGGAGGGGGACACGGUGACACUGCGCUGCCGGAGCUGGCGGGACUUGAGGCGCAACUCCGUCUCCUUCUACCGCGACGGGAAGAGAUUGGCGACUCUCCACAAUGGCACCGAGCUGUCCCUGUCCCAUCUGGAGCUGCAGCACAGCGGCAACUUCACCUGCCGCUGGGGCUGGGCGAUAUUUCAGCCCUUCCGUUCGGCGCCGGUGCCAGUGACAGUGCAGGAGCUCUUCACGGUGCCGCUGCUGGAGGGUCCCCCCGAGCUCCCCGAGGGGUCCCCCCUCAAUCUCAGCUGCCUCAGCACCCCCAGCCCCCUGCGGCCCCCAGCCCCCCUCCUGUACCGCUUCUACCGGGACGGGCAGUCGGUGGGGGGCCCGCAGGGGUCCCCGCAGCUCCUGGUGCCCGCCGUGGGGGUCUCCCACUCGGGGAAUUACAGCUGCGAGGUGCGCUCCGAGGGGGGAACCGUGCGGAAGAGCAGCGCCCGGCUCGGCGUCACGGUGCGCAUGCCCGUGGCCGCUGGACACCCCUGGAGCUCAGUGGCUGCGGGGGUCGUUGUGUCCCUGCUGUUCCUGGUCCUGCUCGCUGUGGCCUUGCACUGGCGGAUCCACGCGGGUGCCAGGAAGCGCCAGGAAAGGGCCCCCCCCCGUGCAGGACCCUCAGGCCACCUACAUGGAGCUGCGGGGGCCGCGUGGGCAGCCCUGGGAACCCGGUGACAUCUAUGACAACCUGCAGCCAAAGCUGUGACACUCGGGGAAGGGGGAGCCCCCAGAGUGGGGGGGGGGCAGCACCCAGGGCCCCUGGGCUGGGGGAAACUGAGCCCACCGUGACCUCGGCUGGGGGUCCCGGGGGUCGCGGGGGGGGAAUUUGGGGGGUCUUGGUUGGGCCCCAGGGGCAUCCCUGGGUGGGCUUGGAGGAACAUUGGGGUGGCACUGGGAGCUCCUGGAGGGUUUGGGAAGGUCACGGGGGGCUGUGCAGGGAUGCUGGGGGAUCUUUUUGGGGUCCUGGGGGAGUUUGGGGGGUGCCCCUCCCUGCCGGGCUUUGAGUUUUGUUGCUCAGAGGGUCGGGGACACUGGGGGUGCUGGGGAUACUGGGGAUAUUGGGGACACUGGGGAUACUGAGGACACUGGUGACACUGGAGGUCCCUCCCCGUGUGUCCCCCCUCCCCCGACUCCCGUGGUUGCCCACCCUGCCCGCGAGGUGGCCACGAGUGGGUGGUCCCACGUGGAGCUGCCCAGAGCUCCCCGUUCCAGUGCUCCCAGUGCUCCCAGUGCUCCCAGUACCCCCAGUGCUCCCCGUUCCCUCCCCCAGUGCCCGGGGGCACAGGACCCUUGUCCCUCUUCUCGGACACAAACCGCAGCUUUUGCAUUAAACCGGGAGAAACGGUU